AUGGCUUAUGGAGGUGCCAUCCCAAUGCGCUAUGUCCUGGCGGUGCUCAACGCCAUGGGUAUGGCCAUCAUCUAUGGCCUGAAGGUGAACUUGAGCGUGGCCAUUGUGGCCAUGUUGAACCAUACUGCAAUUGCAAAUGCAGGGGAUGCUGGUGGGCAUGACCAUGGGAGUGUGUCUCCAUGUGCUGUGGUGGUUGAAGGAAAUGCGACCAAAGCAGAAGGCUUUCCUGAUGGGCCCUUUGAUUGGGGUGGAAAGGUGCAGGGCCUGGUUUUGGGCUCCUACUUCUGGGGCUACAUUGUGACACAGAUUCCUGGUGGUCGACUGUCAGAGAUGCUGUCUGCCAAACACCUGUUUGGCAUUGGUGUACUCAUGAAUGCUGUGGCCACAAUCCUGUCUCCAUUCGCAGCCAAAAGCAGCUACCUUUUGUUCAUUGCAAUGCGAGUUGUGGAGGGACUCGGUGGUGGUGUGACCUUCCCUGCCACCCAUGUGCUCCUGGCCCACUGGGCCCCACCUGCUGAGCGCUCCCGCAUCUCUUCUGCAGUAUAUGCAGGCACUGCUUUGGGAACUGUGUUCUCUUUGCCAUUCUCUGGAAUUCUUGCUGCCUCCCUUGGUACCCUUAUGCACAAGAUACAAGUCCCACCUGACUCAGAACACACCAUACAGGAGACCUACGACGACCGGAUACUACUGGGAAGACAACCCAAGAGACCAUCAGUUCCAUGGAAGGCAGUGUUCACAUCUUUGCCAUUCUGGGCCAUUGUGAUUGCUCACACCUGUGGCAACUGGGGCUGGUACAUGCUGCUUGUUGAGCUGCCCAUCUACAUGAAGAGCAUCUUGGCCUUUGACAUCAAGGAGAAUGCCACCCUGUCAGCAGUGCCAUACUUGUGCAUGUGGCUCUUCGGCAUGAUCCUGGGCUCUUUGGGCACAGUGCUGAAGCAGAAGAAUGUUGUGUCCACCACACUGUUCAGGAAGGCUGCCACUGCCCUGGCAUCCAUUGUGCCUGCUAUUUGCCUGGUGGCUGUCACU